GUGUGCAGUGCUACGAACGCGUGAAUCAUGACUUCCUGAAAAGCGAUCACCCCGCUGUGACUCGGGUGCAGUGCACUGACAAUGAUGAUGCGUACAUGGGUGGUCUCUACAAGAACCAGGGCAAACUAAAGGACCGCGAGAGCGGCUUUGAUGAACAGAGACUCAGCUCUGACAGCGGUUACAUCAUUCCUCUGCCGGACCUCGACCCACUGUCAAAUGAAGACUAUAGCAAAAGGAACCGCCACAGCUCUCAGACGUCGGAGGAAAGCGCAAUAGAGACAGGCUCUAGCAGCUCCAUGACGAAGCGUGAGGGAGAGACCCUGGAGGACAUCACCUUGCUGGACGAGAUGUGCUUGGACUCAGGAGAAAUGGUAGAGGAUAGUUUCCUGUGAGU